GUCACAGGCAAAAAGCAUGGUGGUUGGAUUUCUUGUUACCUUUUGCGCCAACCCGGAUAUUAGGCCUUCUGCUCGCUGCUACCUUUGCCUUGGACGUUUCUUAUAAGCUCAGCAGAACCUGCUCCUUAUUCUUUUUUCUCGUCAAAAGAACGACAGCCGUCGCAAGAACCAUCGCAUCCUACGCCAUAGUUGCAUGCCGCACGCGGAAGAAAAUACACGCCUGACAAACAACAUUAUGGGCGAACCACUCACAAACGGCGAGAAGCCGCACUCUCUCUUCAUCUCGCACCUUACCUCAUACCCGCUUGUGUCCGACUCGCUGUCCCUGUACCUCGAGAACCCGUAUGGCGCCAAGUCAGUCAACUUGUUCAACGAGGCCUACAAGAAGUUCCUCACACCAGUGGAACCGUACUUGAAGACGCCUUACAGCUACAUAGCCCCAUACCUGGAGAAGGCUGAUUCACUGGGCGACAAGGGACUCUCAGAGGUUGACAGCCGAUUCCCCAUCGUCAAGGAGGAGACGUCCUCGUUGAAGGAGAGAAUCAAGAACCUACCCUACGUCCCGUACAGCACUCUGGUCUCAACUAAGGACUACCUGUUCAAGACUUUCGAUGAACAGAGCAAGAAGAACGAGGGUAAGGGUGUUGUCCCACUUGCAAAGACAAUCAUCGGCACUGAGCUGAAGAUUGCUGCGGACACUUUGAGCUACGUCUCCACCUUUUUGACCCAGAAGAAAGAGGAGGGCAAGAAGUUUGCGGACGCGAAAGCUGAAGAAUUGAAGGAGAAGACGAGCAAGUGAUACUGCCCGUGAGCAAUAAAAAGGGGAUGGGAAUAUGAACGGCCGUCAGCGGUGACAUGCUGAAAACAGGAUGAGACUUGGUCAGGAGGUAUGCGUUUUCUCCCUCGUUCGCAUGGCCUUUUUCUGGUUUGAUUCCCCUAGUUCUUGGAAGCAACGACGAGUGUAUUUUUCAGAGAUUUUGAUUAGCGCGAGACUCAUAGACUUCUCUUCACUUCUCA